AUGGGUCUUAAGAAGAUGCUACAGCAUCAUAAGGAGAAGCAGCGGGAGAAGGCUAUCAAAAAGAAAGCAAAGAGAGGUACACAGGGUAGGAGUUCACUAUCACUGGUUAGAGGCGAUUCAGGUGGUAAUGACAUUGCAAAAAGAAGAAUUACUACAGAAGUGGCUGGACCAGGGAAUCCGAAUGGAAGUAAUAAAGCUGCAACUGGUGUGAGAAGCUCUCAUUCCGAGAGAUCUGAACCUGAAGUUUCUAAGACGAGUAGUGAAGGCACAACUACUGACCAGCCAAACAGUUACAAUAGGGCCAAUGAAACAUUCAACAUACAUGUCCCUCUCGACUUAAGACAUGAGAGUACUAAUGCCAAGAGCAUAAGGGAUUCAAAUAAAUAUGAUAUGGUUCCCCCUAAAAUGCAUGAUCCAUCGGUAACUUCACCUUCUUUUCCCACAACAUCCCGUGUUGCAGGUGCUUCUAAUAAUCAAGAGAGGCCAGCUAAUUCUGCUCCUGCUGCUACUAAGGCUAGUGGUGGUUUGCAAAAAUCUGCAACGACUACUACUCUCGAAACCAAUGGUGGUGGUAACAAUAAAAGUAGCGAUGCACAAGAUCACGGGAUUUUCGGUACCAUUAUGUCAAUGGCACAUAAUGCAGCUGUUCACAUUCCUAAAAUUAAUGAAAGUACUCCAGAUUUAGAUUCACAAGGCAGCGGCUUGAAUAGCCCAUUGAUUAGCCCCUUGAGUAGUGCUGCACCAAGUGUGAAAACCAGCCCUGUACUCAAUAACCAUUCGGGAUCAAGAGAUAGAGUUGCCCACAAAAAUCUUGGUCUAGAAGAAGGGGCACCUGUGGACGGUAAUACUGACGGCGUCCAAGAUAGUAGUGUAAUUCAUAAUCCACCUGACACUCCAGACACCAAGAACAAAACUUUUUUGCGUAACUUGGAUCAUUUACUCUCAUCAUCUGGUUCUACCGAGGGUGGGAAUACUAACAAAAACGAUACCGCCAACAAUAACACAUCCAAUGAAGAGAAUGUAUCUGAAACCCCCCAAACAGAUAGUCUCAGAGCUGGACCGAUGAGUAGAUCGAAUACAAAACACUCAUUGAGACAGCUUGUUGAGAGAUCUGACGCUCCAAAGCGUAAUCUUUCAGAUGGCAAGGUUAAGUUUGAGCCUUCUAGCGGUAAGCAACCGGCCAAGGCUACUUUUGGUAAAGGCGGGUUAAGUUUAGAUCAAUUUGACGAUCCUUCCUUGCAGGGAUCUACGCCCGAACAGACUCCGAAAAAAUCACAAGACUUUAUCAACGAUAGAACCAACGGUGAAAAUUCAUAUACACAAAUUCAAUUACCACAAAUUCACGGUGCCACAGAACUGGAAGAUGGUUAUGAUUCACAUGGUUUUAAGAGACAACAUGAGAGAAAUGGCAGCAGUGCUAAUUUAACGGUACCUGGACCUAGAUCAAUUUCAGAGGCAGAUUUAUCUAACCACGGAAGAAGGGAUCGUGCUUUUUCCACUUCGGAAAGAAAACAUUCGGGAUCUUUAUCACCAGGUGGUGCUGAAGAAGGCCUACGGAAUUCAAGAUCUUCAUUGGGAUUGGAUUAUAGUGCUGCUAUUGAACCAUCAACCGCUGGUUUAAGUCCAAGUGGUGAGAGGAAACCUCGUAGGGACUCUAAAAAGUUUCUGAAAAGGAGGUCUUUUUCACCUGCCAAUAUUGGCAUGAAAGUAAUUCCUCAAAUAUCUUUGAAAGGUCCUAUGAACAAAGUGAGAACAAGUUCCGAUUACGUUACAGGCGUGGCACAUUUCGCCAAUGCCACCGGUUCCGGCGUCACUGGUUUAGCUGGUGGAGUUGCCAGUGGAUUGAGCAGUGGUUUUCCUAGAUUGAGAGCUUCUACAUUUGGCUCUCAAAUGGAUAUUGAUAAUCCUGGCGCUGUUGUCGGUAAUACCGUUGAACUAAGCAACAUCGAAUAUGCGAGCGAAAGGAAAAACCAAGAAUUUCACAAUUUGUUUAAGGAAUCAGUAGGUUCUGAUGAGAGGUUGGUAGCAGAUCACAGCUGUGCUCUUUCCAGAGAUAUUUUGCUACAAGGUAAAAUGUACAUCUCUGAUCGUCAAAUUUGUUUUUAUUCAAAUAUCUUGGGUUGGGUCAGUUCCGUUUUGAUUCCAUUUGAAGAAGUGGUUCAAAUCGAGAAGAAAACCACUGCAGGCAUUUUCCCCAAUGGUAUUGUUGUUGAUACUUUACACACCAAAUACGCUUUCGCUUCAUUCAUUUCUAGGGAUGCUACUUUUGAUUUAAUGACUGACGUUUGGAAUCAGAUCAUCCUAGGUAAAAGGCAUUUGAUUGUCAAUAACUCAUACAACGAUGGCGAAACUUUAUCCAGUGGCAUGAAUGGCGGCAAGACAUCUGAUUCUAGUGAUUUUGAAGAUGAAGAUGAAGAUUCCAUAAUGGACAGUGAUCAUCGUGUUUCAAGUGAUGGGGAUGUUGAGAACGAAGAUAUAGGAAACCAUUCAUUCGGACCGUCAACACAUCCCCCCACCACGGCUGACUAUAAACCGUCUGCCAAUGAGAAAAUGAUCAACGAAUCCAUUAUCAAUGCACCUUUGGGCAAAGUAGUUAAUGUGAUGUAUGGUGAUGACGUUUCCAAUUUAGAAGCAAUAUUAAAGGCUCAAAAGAACUACGAGUUAUCACCUAUUCCAAAUAUUAUGGGAACGAAAAAACGUGAGUAUUCUUAUACAAAACCAAUUCCUGGUAGCUUUGGCCCUUCCAAAACCAAAUGUCUAAUGACAGAAACCUUGGAUCAUUACGAUUUAGAAAAUUACGUGAAAGGUGUUCAGAUCUCCAAGACCCCAGAUGUUCCUUCAGGAAAUUCCUUUGUCGUUAAGACAACUUUCUUAUUUACCUGGGCCCCAAACAAUGCUACCAAAUUAAAUGUAUACGUUAGCGUUGAUUGGUCUAGUAAGAGUUGGAUUAAAGGUGCUGUAGAGAAAGGUACUUUUGAUGGUGUCACUGAUAGUUCAAAAAUUUUAGUUCAAGAGUUGACCACCCGUGCUGCGAAACCAUUGACUGGUGCAUCAAGUAAUGGUGGUGGUACUAUCAAGAAAAAGGAAAGACAAUCAGAUGUUGGUGAAGAAGUUGUGGAAGACUUGCCUAAUUUGCCUACACAAGGUCCAGUUACCCAUCCACCUACGAACAAUGGCUAUAAGAAGGAAAAAGACGACGUGAUUGUAGACCCUAAUGCCAAUAUCCAAGCACCUUUGGGUACUGUAUUUUCACUACUAUUUGGUGAUGAUACUGCUUAUUUGAAGAGAAUCAUCGAAAAGCAGAAAAAUUUCGAACUUUCCGAAAUACCUAAAUUCAGCGGCAAUUCUAGGGACUACAACUAUAUCAAACCUCUGGGCGCUGCUAUUGGUCCUAAGCAAGCCAGAUGUUAUAUCACAGAAACGAUUGAAGAAAAAGAUUUUAACAGCCAUGUCAUGGUGAGGCAGGUUAGUAAAUGUCCCGACGUUCCCUUUGGUAACAAUUUCGCAGUUCACACUAAGAUCUACCUCUCAUGGGGGCCUCAUAAUUCUACAAACAUGUAUGUGGUAACCAGUAUCGCAUGGAGUUCAAAGACUUUAUUGAAGGGAACUAUCGAAAAAGGUUCUAUUGAUGGUCAGAAAGAUUCCACCAAAAUUAUGAUAGAGGAGUUGAAGGAUAUCAUUGCCGACGCCCCUGUCAAGAAAAUCACCGGCAAAAAGUCUAGCAAAUAUAAUAAGCACCAUGGUCAUCGUAAGGGUGUCUCUGCCAAAAAAUCUGUUGAUGAAAAGGCUCGAAAUAAGGGAGAAACCCAGAGUUCUGCCGAUGGGGCUAAUAUUGGAAACAAAAACAAUGUUGAAGGCAAAGGUGGUAUUCUUGGGUUCCUUAUGUCAGUUUUCGAAAAUUUCGAUAUUACUUCUCUCAGGGGGAUUAUCACCAUUUUGGCAUCGACUUUCUUCAUCAUUUGGUUCCUACGCCAUUUAUUGUCUGGUGGUUAUAAACACGAAGUUCAAAUCAUCAAACCUGGUCGCAUGUUAUUAGACGGCACUGAAUAUCAUUAUGUUCCUAGCAUCAAGACGCUCUACGAAGUUUACGAAGAAGAUGUUAGGAAAAGUGGUAAAGGUCGUUAUCAGUACGGUAAACCCGAUGAACAUGACGUUAUCAUGGAAGCCGAAGGUAAUAUUUGGAACUGGCUACUGGAUCGUGCGAAUGCAACGGAACCGCUUACGAAUCACGUCCAAGGUCAAUACGAACAAAAGGUCCAUUAUUUAAAUAAUCACAGUGCGCAUAAACUUCAACAGCUACGAGAAACGGUAAGGAUAACGGAAAUGCAGUUGGAAAAAAUGAAGCAUGCUCUAGAAAACCACAAUAAUCUACUGAGUUUAGAGGAUACAUCAGUGCAACAACAGAGACAAUAA